AUGGCCGUGAGCGCGGCGGCCGCCCCCGCCGCCGAGCCGCUGCCCCGCAGCAUCUUCAAGAAGUUCCUGGUGAUGCUCUGCUCCCUCCUCAUGUCCCUCUACGUCUUCUACUGCCUGGCCGACCGCUGCCAGACCCUGCCCGGACCCAUCAUCGCCGCCGGCGCCGCCUCGGAGGAGGAGGAGGGCGGCGGCGGCGGGUACCUGGGGGGCUCGGCCGAGCUGCCCCCCUGGCAGGCGGCGGCGGCGCGGCGGAAGCGGCUGCUGCAGCGGCUCAAGCAGCAGCGGCGGCGGCGGCAGGAGGCGGCGCCGGGCGAGGAGGUGCCGGCCGGGGGCGGCGGGAGCCGGGCUGGCGGCUCGGGCGGCGGCGGGGGCAGCGCGGCGGGCACGCCCGGCACCCUGACGCUGCUGCUGGGCGAGGGCACCAAGCGGCUGCCGCAGGCCAUCAUCAUCGGCGUGAAGAAGGGGGGGACCCGGGCGCUGCUGGAGUUCCUGCGGGUGCACCCCGACGUCCGCGCCGUCGGCGCCGAACCCCACUUCUUCGACCGCAACUACGAGCGGGGACUCGCCUGGUACAGGGACCUCAUGCCCAGGACCCUGGAGGGGCAGAUCACCAUGGAGAAGACCCCCAGCUACUUCGUCACUAAGGAGGCCCCAGCCCGCAUCUCCUCCAUGUCCAAGGGCACAAAGCUCAUCGUGGUGGUGCGGGACCCGGUGACCAGAGCCAUCUCGGACUACACCCAGACGCUCUCCAAGAAGCCCGAUAUCCCCACCUUUGAGAGCCUGACCUUCAAAAACAGGACUACGGGCCUGAUCGACACCUCGUGGAGCGCCAUCCAGAUUGGCAUCUACGCCAAGCACCUGGAGAACUGGCUCCUCUACUUCCCCAUCGGGCAGAUCCUCUUCGUCAGCGGGGAGAGGCUGAUCAGCGACCCCGCGGGGGAGCUGGGCAGGGUCCAGGACUUUCUGGGCCUCAAGAGGAUCAUCACCGACAAACACUUCUACUUCAACAAAACCAAGGGGUUCCCAUGCCUGAAGAAGGCGGAAGGCAGCAGCAAACCCCACUGCCUGGGGAAGACGAAAGGCAGGACCCACCCUGACAUAGACCAGGAGGUGGUGCAGAGACUGCGGGACUUCUACCGGCCCUUCAACAUGAAGUUCUACCAGAUGACGGGGCAGGACUUCGGCUGGGACUGAGGCUGAAAAAAAUAAUUUAAGAAAAGGAAAAUAUAAUAUAAUAUAUAUUUUUUUUACAUAUCAGUAGAGAGGGGGAAAAUACAGAAAAAAAAAAUAGUUGUGCUGAAACGUGAUUUGUUCUGAUUUUUUUUUUUCUUUUGGCAUUGCUUUGUUUUCUUUCUUCUCUCAGAGAUAAGGUGAUGUGUCCGUCCAGAAAAGGAGGCUGUGAACAGCAACCUGGUCCUAUCGACAUCAAGUGCAGCUUGGCUGCUUCCUUCAAUGGGCCCAAGGUUUAGCACUGUCUCUGUGAAAAAAAAAAAAAAAAACAAAAACCAAAACCAAAAACCAAGUGCAAGGUUUUUGGAUGUCCUCAGGUCCACCUCCAGAAGUGACAGGGGUGCUUGGGGGAGCUCAGAGCCUUAAUGGAAGGUCAGCCAGAUUUUGGCUUGGAAAGGCCAUUUUAGACCAGACGUCAUCACUUUUGACAAUGAAACAAAGGGAGCUUGAUAUCUAAUUUGGCUUUUGAACCCUUACCUUAGGGGAUUGUUUUAUGGCAUGAAAUCUUUGGUGAAAUCCAAUUUUUUGUUUGACUUUUGCCCCCCCUAAAUCAAGCUCUUUUCAUCAACCCAACUUAAGUUUUCAUCUUAUAGAAGCCAAAACCAAUAAUCCUUUGUUUUGUUUUGAGACAAAACAAUUUUGGUAGCCAAAAGUGAAAGAAAACAGAUGAUUCUUUUGACUAUGAUGAAAAUCGCCAGGUAGUCAAAAGGCCUCAUUCACGGGAGUCGGCUCUAAACCAGUGUUCCCCAUGACCAGCAACGUGCACCCCUUUGCGACGCUGGCAGCAGAGCGCUUUUCCCAGAGGGACCUAUAUGAAGGGAUUUGGGUGAUGGGCAAGGUCCACACUGAUGGUGUGGUCCAUCAGUGAUGGUCCGUCGUGAUACACCUGUCUUGAAGGUGAUGGGGGACCCACCAUCCCACCACUCGUAUGCAGGAAACAAGUUCACAGUGUCUGGCGGAUGGUAUUUAAGCCAUAAUGAAGAAUGUUUUAGGUUGGGUCGGUCUUAAAAACAGUGAAGAAAGGGUUGUUUGGGAAAAAGUGAGCAAAAAUCACAUCCAGAAAGGGGAGAGAAUGUGGAGAAGACGAUGGAAGUUUUCCUGUCCUUUCAUAAAGGAGAACCAAGGGGGAAGCGGGAACAAGAGCAUUGGUUGUGCAGGGCUUUAAAAAUUGUCAGGCAGAACGAAUCUCCUGUUUGCAAUAACCAGGAGCUUUAAAUUCUUUGCUUUGAUCCUUAUCACCUUUUUUGGCGGUAGAAGUGUCUCAGCAACAGGAAUCUGUUAGUGAAGCAGGAUCCUGUAUUACUGUGGGCUCAUUUAUCUGCUGGCUCUUUAUCUUCAGCCUUUUCUGGACCGUAGGAGCGCCUAAUUAUCGCUUGGUGCUGUAUAAACACAACACGAUGAUGCUCUCUCUCCUGAAUCUAACUUUAAAAACUUUACCUGACAGGGUAAAACAAACUAGUGGGGGAUCACGUGGUAAUCUGGUUAGGAAGAAGCCUGGGGACCACGCUCACCGGCUGCCUGCACACCAGCCAAGAUCUUAAUAAAAUCACAGCAGAGCAGAGAUUUCAAGGAGUCCCAUGAGAAUUGUGUCUGAAGUUACAAUUUAACGCAACAGGGAGUCAUUUCCACCUUGGGCUGUGCUGCUCGACAGGUUAGGAAAACAGCUUGGUACCCGCUCGCCUUCAUGGCGCCAGGUGUCAAGCCACAUCCCCUCCUGGCUGCCCCGCGCCUCCGCCUUCCUCCCAUCCCUCCAUGCCUCCCUCCGUUCCCGAGGAUGCAGCGUCCUGGGACCUUCCUAUCCCCUGGAGACACAAACCCCCAGGGUUUUGCGUGCAAGGCGCAUUUCCCAAGGUAAUUACAAUAACUUCAUUAGUGUUGCAAGGCCCCAGGACCUUCUCCCCCCCGUUGUCAUCCCGAAGCCUCACCUGAGCUCAGGUUUCCGUGCCCCGGCUGGUGCAGCAGCGGUGAUGGGCUGGUGGCACCAAAGCCAGCUGUGCUCAGCAGUCCGUCCUGGUGCGGCACGGCUCAGUGCCACCCUCACUACCUCCACUGACACCUUCACCCCCUUCCCACCAUUCUUGUUCCAGUGUGUCCCAUUUUAAGCCCCUUUUUAGCAAUAUGUCCUGUGCCACAUCUGGGUAAACGUUUUACAGCAAUUGCCUUCUGGAAACACCUUACAGCAGAACGGCAGAUGAGGGAUCACGCAGACCCCUCACAGCCCUUUCUCUUUCCUGCCUCCCUUCAGCCCCUCAGUGUUCACGCAAGAGAUGACAUGAGAAAAUCAGAGAUGGCCAAGCAGCGUCAGCUUCAUGGGGUCAUGGUCCCUCCCAGCAUCUCCACAGCUCAUUGCUGGAGCUCAAAGCUCCCGUAUCAGGAAGAGUUGGAAGAGGGUUGGGUACUGGUCUCCCCAAAGUGUGACUGGAGAUGGGGGAAGGAAUCUGCUCUCUGCCUAUGCCGGCCAGAUCAAGGGGGAAUGGGUUUCAGGUGUAGCCAAAGGAUGGGGGUUAAUUACUGGGGAAGCCCUUCUGACAGCAAGGCUUGUUGGGGCAGGAGUGGGAGGUGGCCACCAUCCCUCCCGAGCUGUGCUCUUCCACCCAAGUGCAAAAGCCAAGCUGCGGCCCGGACAAGGCGUCACUCGCUCACAGGCACAACCGAGGCACAAAAUCUGAGGUUUUCCAAGCCGAUAAGAAGAUUUAAGCAUGUCGUUUCUUUGGUAUUUCAAGGAGACUUAAGGUUGGGCUAAUCUGUACAUGCCUUUUGACAAGUAUAAAUAUCACUUAAGAGUAUGAUUUAAAAAAAUCAAUAUAAUUAUAUUGCUAUUGUCUCUCAUACGGUCACAUUUAGAUAAGUAUAAAGCAGCUUUAUAGUGCUACAGAUUGUUCUUCCCGUAUUGAACUAGCUAUAGCAAUAUCAAGCACCUUCAUACAAAUGAGUUCCUACAACUGCCACCAAAUCACUGUCAUUAAGUCAGUAUAGCUUCGGUGCGUACGCAAGCCUAACUAUCAGACGUGCCUUUAAAAAAACUCUUCCCAGCACAUUGAACUCAGCCACGUAGCCAUAAUUUCCCAAAAAUGCUUGAAUGUUUCCCUUCCACUAAUUUCUGCGGGUUCGAAUCCCUUGCUGCACACCUAGUAAAACAAUUUAGGGAUAUGAGCCUGUAAUUGAUUUUUUUUGAUCUGGGCCAUAAGUAUUUUUGAAAAUCCCUCCACGUAUGAACAAUGGCUUUUAAAAAAAGAGGUCAUGCAAUCAAAUUGCUUUGAACUCCAAUAACAUUUAAGCCUCUAAACUCUUUAGGCUUAUUUUAAAAUCCAGCCAUGAAGUUUAGAUUAUUUUAACCUAAGAAGAAUUGGAAGUAAACUAUUGAAAACCUCGCCCCUCCUAGGCCUGCGGUAUUGAGCAUGUGUAUUAGGAGGGGAAAGCAAAAGUAGCUAUAAAUAAAAUAGUGACCUAUACAGUUUGAUUAUUUCUUUUUAAAGCAGAAAAAUCAAAUAGAGCAACAACAAGACACUAAUGAGGUGUA